AUGGCUCGCGUCAGGCCGCCCAAGAACCAACAUAUGCAGCACCAGAAGCGAACAAUCAGGGUUCGGUUUCACUUGCCGCGCGAGCAGAACUGGCCCACGUGGUCGAUGACAGAUAAUAACUCUCAUGAUCCGCAUCUCGGACCCCUUGCAGGUGUGGACGGCUGUCAGAAGGUUUGGCUGGGGAGAAAUGUUUACGAUCCUGAGCAGGCGGCCUUGAUUAUUCUCUGGUCCACGGCAGACGCGUUGGAGGCUUUUGAAGCCCCUCCCGCUUGCAUCGAGCUCCUGCAAGGUCUGCCUACCAAUGAUGACGCGCAACCAUCUCUCGCGUCGGGCAUCGGCCGCAUCACGGCCACCGUUCUCGUGAUGCCCGGCACGCCAGGCAUCCCGGUCAACGAGACGUGGCGCGACGCCGUGGUCAAGGCAUUCAGCUGCUUCGCGCCCGCGAGCUGCGAGGACGUACUCGGCAAGCCGCACUUCCGCAUGUAUUUCCAGAGGUCGUGGGCGUGGAUGGACCACUAUCAUGACUACGGUAAUGAUAAUCAUCAGCAGAAGGUGGUGGUGGCGACAGGCCACGAAAAUGAAAAUGAAAAUGAAAAUGAAAAUAAAAAUAAAAGCAGCAGCAGCGGGGGGCAAACGGUGCUAUGCGAGGUUCGCCGCUGGAAUGGUUACAGCGGUGCCACCCCGAAGCGGGAGGAGGCCUCGGCCAACAGCCCAGUGGAUCGGAAGUCGUGGGCUCGGACGGUGAAGAAGAAGCCGAAGACGGCUUGAGAAAUUGAAUACCGAUCCCCGCAUGGAACUGCAAG